UAUAUUAUUAUUACUUGCUGGAAAGCAGAAGAGUGAAGAUACUGAGACAGACUUUUAAUAGCAGACUAUUUUAUGGCUAGCAAACGCUACUACAAGCAUUUGGCGACCUCUGCGACUAGAGAUGAGCGAUUUUUCGAUAAAUACUCUAAAUGGAUAAAAUUACAUAACGUUUUUUUAAUGCCAACAUUAUUAUUCCUUCGGACCUUCGGACUUCAUUUUGACAUUUACUCUUUUGAUUUGACAUUUUGGUUUUGACUUUGCGAAGUAAAGUAACGCCGCCAUGAAAUUGCUAGGCUACAAUUAAUUUUAUUCGAAGAAGUAUUAAUCUAAACUACUAUUUACUCCGUCUUUGGCAUUGUUGCUGUGGCAAUAAAAAUUUACGAUCAAUACCUUUUCAAGAAAAUUUAUAUGGAAAUAUUGCAAUUGUUGUGAUGCAAUUACAGCUCCAUGGAGAUCGAAGAGUACGGUUGCUUGAGUUGGUUUAUCAAGAAACAAUGACUUCCCAAUGGAUUUUGAUCUAAUAAAAAUGUUCUAUAAGGUAUUUAAGUGGCUGCACUAGUUUUAAGGUAACGUGCCUGGACGCUGAAGGUGGAGUAAAUGGAAAGAGAUAUUUUGAAUGAAUUACGCGUCAAUAAAUAAUCCGCUCCAUUUCUACUGAUCAACUUGUUUAUUUUCCAAUGUAGAGAGAACAAUAAAAUUAUGUUUACAUCAAAAGAAAAAAAUGUUUGCCAGAAAACAUUCCAGAAACCUAAUAUUCUUAGGAGAAAGGCUAAGGUUACUGUUCCUAAAGCAAAUAUAGCCAGUGCUCAUGUAUCUCCUGAAGCAUUCACUCUAGUCACCAGCAAACCCAGAGGAAGACCUCCCUCAAAACAAUUAGAUAGUAUUGUUAAACUUGAAGAUGAUAAUGUAUCAAAAUGGAAACUUGCAUUACGGAAUGAUUGUGAGGACAAGCACAAUAAUAUACAAAUAUUGAAGGAGACUGAUAUACAUGCCAAUAUAAGUAAUGAUGCAUCGAUUGUGGAUGUUAAAACUGAAAGUAAAAGCUUUGAGCAGAAUGCACUCAAUAUUGAAUUGUUUUUAAACAGCGCAGACAGCAUUGAAGAGGAUCUGAGUUUCUCCUGCAACCCCACUGAAAUAACAGAAAUAAAGGCCUCUCAAAGUAAUAGCAAGUGGUGCUUCGAUGUAACAAACAAUUCUAGAGACAUCAUUAUAGAUAAUUGUAAGGAGCAACCAUCUGAAGAACAGAGUGAUUCAACCAUAGUAGCAGCUUCGGAGCCCACAGACAUACAACCAAAGGUAGUCCACGACUUGAUGACAUUAACCAAACCGACCCAAACUGUAGCAGUGGACUGCUACACUAAUAGAGCUGUAAAGUUUAUGUGUGACCAUCCAAAUUGCAAUAAAGGGUUUUGGAGUGAAGAGAAGCUGAGUAAGCACAAGAACACGCACAACAGACCUGUGUGUCGACCUCCGACGCAGAUGACAUACGAGUGCCCUGUGAGGAAACCUAAUAUUCUUAGGAGAAAGGGAAUGGUUACUGUUCCUAACGCAAAUACAGCCAGUGCUCAAGUAUCUCCUGAAGCAUUCACUCUAGUCACCAGCAAACCCAGGGGAAGACCUCCCAAGAAAAAAAUAGAUAAAAUUGUUAAACUUGAAGAUGAUAAUGUGGCAAAAUGGAAACUUGCAUUAAGGAAUGAUUGUGAGGACAAGCACAAUAAUAUACAAAUAUUGAAGGAGACUGAUAUACAUGCCAAUAUAAGUAAUGAUGCAUCAAUUGUGGAUGUUAAAAAUGUAAGUAAAAGCUUUGAGCAGAAUGCACUCAACAUUGAAUCGUUUUUAAACGGCGCAGAUAGCAUUGAAGAGGAUUUGAGUUUCUCCUGCAACCCCACUGAAAUAACGGAAAUAAAGGCCUCUCAAAGUAAUAGCAAAUGGUGCUUCGAUGUUACUAACAAUUCCAGAGACAUCAUUAUAAAUAAUUGCAAGGAGCAACUAUCAGAAGAACAGAGUGAUUCAACCAUAGUAGCUUCGGAGCCCGCAGACGUACAACCAAAGGUAGUGCACGACUUGAUGACAUUAACCAAACCGACACAAACUGUAGCAGUGGACUGCUACACUAAUAGAGCUGUUAAGUUUAAGUGUGACCAUCCAAAUUGCAAUAAAGGGUUUUGGAGUGAGGAGAGACUGAGGAAGCAUAAGAACUCGCACAACAGGCCUGUGUAUCGGCCUCCGAUGAAAUACGAGUGCCCUGUGAAGAAAGUAGCUGAGGAUGGAACUGAAGAAAAGUGUCCUCACGCCUACAAAGUGAGGGCUGACCUCCUCAAACAUUUGGAGGAGAAUCACACGAUUGAUGAAGCUCAGCAUAGGUGCAUGGUGUGCGGUCGUCGUUUCUUCUGGGCGCUGGGUCUGCGCGCGCACGGCGCGUCGGUGUGUGCGCGCGGCGGGCUGGCGUGCGCCUGGCCGGGCUGCGGCCGCGUCUUCCGCCUGCCCUGCCGCCUGCGGGAGCACGCGCGGGCGCACACCGGGGACCGACCCUAUCUGUGCCGGUAUCCGGAGUGCGGCUGGGCGUUCCGCUCGGCCAGCAAGUUGGUCCGUCACGCGCGGCGCCACACGGACGAGCGGCGCCACGCGUGCAGCACGUGCGGCCGCGCCUUCCUGCGCCGCGAGCACCUGCGGGACCACUGCGCGCGCCACCACCAGACUCACGCGCGCACCGCGCAUCUCUGCACGCAUCCCGGUUGUGAACAAUCUUUCACGAACAUGAGCACCCUGUACAUGCACAUGAAGAAAGUUCAUAGAAAGGUUGAGAACGACGCCGUCGCAUCCAUCGUCGAGGACCCCGCCCAGUACUCCGCCGAACGUGUCACUAUAAACGGGGAGAACGUGUAUUUGGUUACUUUGCCCAGCGCGGAUACAGUGGGAGAGGACGAGACUGUUAGAGAAGUAUCGUCAAUGAGCUGUGAGCUCGACGCGGACCAAUUAGCAGUAGAGGACGACGCCGGGGAGGAAGGGGACGUAGGGGACGGAGGGGACGGAGGGGACGCCGCGGACUGGCACGCUGCGCGCACGCACUGCACCUGGCCACUACCGCGUGCGCAUGCGCAUCUCGUACUCGAUGACGACGUUCAGGUGGAGCGGAUAGAAGGUUCAGUCAACGACGUGUACACUGUACGCAGCGAUCUCUUCCUUCAUGGCAACGUGCCUAUCGAUGAGGAUAGCCAGCAAAUCGUGAGCACGGCGUUAUCAAGCAGCGAGACGGGGACUCUAGAAACAGAUCUCUGCUUGAUCGACUCGCAUCCUACCAUUGAUCUCAUGCAGGAGGAGCUGAUGUACGAAGAUGCUACGGACGAGUCCUCGUUCCGAGUGUUCCUCUUGAACGGUGAGGAGCUCACAUAACUUACCUUACGUACGUUCACUUGUUGGGGCUGCAGGCGACGCGUUGUUAUAGAAGGGCGCUGUAUGGACAUGCCAUGUGCUGAGUGAUCGGUUGUUUAUAAAUUGUGUGUGAUGGCUCUGCAUGACAUGUACGUGAUAAUUUACUCUAGAGCAUUAGGAGGUAUGUUCACAAGAGAAGAUUAGAUUGACACAGGCGGCGAAAGCAAUGUACCGAUCAUGCCGUUGUGACUAACCACUCGAUAUCCAAAAAAGUUCGACUAUUCGUGAUGAUGCUAUCGGGUGAUUUCCUCCAUGCCACGUGGCAUCUUCAUAAAAUCGCCCGCGUAAGAUAUUAGUUUAUCACUCUGCGUGAUAAUGUUGUCAGGUACAUUUCAGUAAGUAUUUCAUCGGAGUUUAUACUGAAUCAGUACUUUGUUAUCAUCAAAAUUUUACAACAAAACUGCAUAAAAGAUGACUUCAAAUAUACGACGUAAGUAUCUCUUUGAAAGUUGUGGUGCAAAGUCUGAAUAUAUGUAUUUGUCAACUAUUCGAUGAUCUCAAAAAUGUUAAAAUAUACCAGAAAAGUGUUGUUAUGGUGUAUUAUAUACGAAAGACAUGAUUUUUAGUCUUAAGGUGCAAUACUAUCUAUAUAAUACUUUGUCUAAUACCAAUACGUGUAGUGUGUAUUUGUUGAGUUCGGGCCACUAAGCUCGAUAUUCUUAACAUUCGAUUGGCUUCCGGACAAUUUACAAAUUAGUUAGUAAUUCGAGGAUCAAAUGUACAAUAUUAUUGUUCGUUCGUAACGUGUUAGACGAUGUUUGCUAAAUAUGUGGCCUCGGGCUAGCUGGUAAUAAUGCCUAGUCCGUUAAUCGAGCCACGCAUUUAGCAAUAAUACAUCACAAAAGUGUUAAUUAGUAAUAAAUCUGUAGUUAUAUUACUAAUUAAUUAUUAUAUAAGAAUAUGUUACGAUAUUAAAAUUUUUAACUACUUAUUGGGUAAUUUUUGCUCACUCUUUUCGAUAGUAAGUUAUGAUCUCUGGAAAUGCCUUUUAGAUUUAAGAUUUGAGUAGGACAUUAAUAUAACUGGAUGUUUGUAAUACCGUGUGUUUGUUUAUGUAAUAACAAUAAAUUACUGUGCAAAGGGACAGUUGGUUGGAAACAAUAUUCGCUUGGCGUUGGGUUAAGAACUCGGUGUUGUUGAUGAAGCAUGUUACUUAGGAAGUAAGACUUGUUACCGUGGUGAUGUAGACGAGUAUAUAGCCGGCGCUGGCGAUGUGAGUAGGUAGGAGUAAGGUAGUGCGAGCGACCGGCCCUCAGGGAACAGACCAGUGUCUUGUGGCGUGAUGAUAGCUCAUAUUUAGUGUAACAACGUACCUACUGAUUGUAUAUAAGAAGUUAUAUUUUUGGAUAUACAAGGUAAAUGUGAGAUUGCUUAUUUUUUGAGACUGUUGUCCAAAUUAUGAUCAUGAUAUCGUUUUGUUGAAAUUUGUAUACUUGGAUGUAGAUGUAUUUCAAAAUUUAUUUUUAUAAACGAGUUUUUAUUUUGGUUGUUAAUAUUUGUUUUGUUUAAUUAAAUAUGUCUGGAAUAAGUGUAAUAUUGCUAUCACAGUCUGCACAGUAUAGAUGUACUAAGUCAAAUUAAAUUAAUCACAUAUCAAUAUUAGUUUGUUAUAUUAAUCAUAGUUUUAAUUGGUUGCUUUGUGUUUAAUUGUAGAUUUUGCUAUAUAUUAGUAUCUAAUAAAUGUUUUUUUUUGUAAUA